CAAUACAGGAAGUGAUUUUAGCUGUCACCUUGGUCAGCUCAUCUGUUGGGCUGUGAAAUGUGCAGGCUGUUGUCUUGCACUGUCGUUACAUGGAACAAGUUUUUCAGUGUUUAAAUUACUGUGUUUUCGGUAACUCUUAUGCGAUUUGAUAAUUAUUAGAACACAUUGCCGUUGAUUGAAACACGCGACUCCAGAGGCAGCUAACGUUGGUGAGUUUGUCUAAAAGUUGAGCCUGCUGUCUGAAAACAUGAACACUUUGGUGACUAGAUUAGAGCACAGAUGGAUCAGUUUAACCCUGGGACAGCCUUGGAUAACAGCCAUGGGAUCCAAGAUCCAGCUCUCCACACUCCCUCCUCCAGAACCUGUCAUCCCCUCUAAGAAGCCGUUCAGAGUUGAGCUGGUUGGUGGAAAACGUUACUCAUGGUGCACAUGUGGACACAGUAAGAAACAGCCUUUCUGUGAUGGAGCCCACAAAAUGAAAGCCCAGGGUUUAUCCCCGCUGCGCUUUGUCCCUGAGAAGGACUCCACAGUUUGGUUGUGUGGCUGCAAGUACACCAAGAACCCACCUUACUGUGACGGCACGCACAAGCAAGACUUCAUUGUAUCUGCCCCGCUACAUGAACCAACCGACUCCUGAGCACAAACCAGCACAUGUGGACUGAACAACCUGGUGUGUUUUUGAACCUUCUGUCUUGUCAGUUUUUUACCUGACAGGGAAGAUAGAAGUGGACACAGCACUCAGCUUAUUCAUCACUUUCUUUCCCAUGUUGUAGACACUGCUGCUUGAUGAUGGGUUGGCUGAGGAUAGCCUCGAUCAGCCAUUGGCCAUUGUAGGGUUGUUGCAAAUACAUGUACAUCACUGAAUGCAUAAAGAACUUUAGCAUGGGAUGUGAUAUUAUUAUGAAUACGAUUUCAAGAAUCUAGAAGAUGGGUUUGCUGGAGAAAACACUACAUGUAUAUGUUUUAUUCUGUGAAGUGUGUGCAUGAAGCAAUAUUUAUCUAGUUUGCUAAACUGUGACACAAUCGGAGGGAAGUUGUGACGGUGCAGACUCUCCAGAAGCAAAAAUCUGUCAAGACCUCACUGUAAACCUGGACACUUGAUAAAAAAUGCCAUAUUGUCUUUUCUCUAGACUUAUGAGGGAUAUAUUUCCAUUCUUCUGUUCAUUAAUUUAACAAAUAAACUAUAAGUGAGUUGCCAGA